GCAAGCCUCGCUUGGGGUGCUAUUGCUUGUGUGAGCGAUGGACCGAAGCGGGUGCGCAAGACUGGAGCGGCGAUCAUCCGUUGCAGAGAAGAGCACGGGGAUUCAGAAGAUCACGGCGGUUCAGAAGACCACGGUGAUUCGCAAGAAAUCCUCUUCUUCAAAGGUAACUCGCCUGAGAAUCAUCGAGCACCCAAAAGCUUUACACCAGCAUCGACUUAACUCAAGCUCUUUCUGGGAGGCGCUAUCCCUGUCAAGCAGGAUUCCAGCUCAAGCUCAGGACCCGGAAGCAUCAGCACGGCAGCGAGUAAUUGUCGCUCUCAAACAGUUCGAUGAAAUUAUGACCAGACAGCACUCGUCUUUGAGAGCUGCGAGAGAAAUGCUAAACCAGGCAAGCUCUACACUUUUUAGGCACUUGUCACUGAUUAAUGGUACUGUUUGCCAGGGACUAGCGAUCAACCAAGGUGACCACAUUGGCAAGGUCUCCGGGGUCCGACUGUUUGACACCUUCUCAUGCCGAGCUCAGCUCGCGAUUGUUGGCCUGCACAAGAACCAGCGAGCCGGCAUCGAUUUCGUGAGCAAGGAAAGGAACCCGAUGGGACUGUCAUUUGCGACAAGUAUUGUGGUUUCAGGGUUGUACAGGGACAACAAGGACAUGGGCGACGUCCUCGAGUACUGUGGAUCGGGCGGUGACAACGCUCUCAACGCAAAGGUGAAGGCCAGUGAUCAAUGCCUCACACGUGGAAAUCGGGCGCUGCGCAACUCCAUUGGCAUCAAGAACAAAGUGAGAGUUAUCAGGAGGAGAGGAAUAGGCAACAAAGAAUUUCGGUAUGAUGGAGACUACAAGGUGGUCAGCUACGAGGAGGUGGUGGGAGUGAACAGGACCAAAGUCUACAUGUUUACACUCAAGCGGUGUGAUGGGCAAGAACCUCUGCCAGAUCUUUUUUCUCUUACUUGAGGUUAUGGCUCCAGCCAAGUUGAUCUUUACUAAUCGAAAUGCCUAGCAAUUGUCUUGGGGUUGAUCCUGACUGUGAGACUGAACCAACGUUUGAAUCUGCAAUUUAUAAGAUUUAUCUUCCCAGCUCCA